GUUAUUUAGUUUUGUCUUAUAUUCAAUACAUUAUCUCAAAUAUUAAUCAUACUGAUGUCUUAUGUAAGAUGUUUGAUUGUCUAAUAAAAUGGCUUCAGUUUGGUAUACCCAUAUUAAAAUUUGAAACUAUGUUUGAUUAUUUAUUUAAUGCAUUAAAUAGUGUACAAUUAUUUGAUAAUGCUUGCGAAUGUGUUAUUGUUCUAUUUAAUUCACCAGAUGCAUUAAAGUAUCCGACUACAUUUACUCAUCUAUUACCUUAUGUUUUGAGUCUUGAAACGUUAUUGGAUCAUGCUAUAGCGUGUGGUGAUAAAAAAAAAUGUGAAUCUUUAACAAAAUUAAUAGCAACAUUUGGUGACAAUCAUGCUAAAUUAUUAUUACAACUAGCAUUAACAAUGCAUCCUCAAUCUCAACAAUUGUUAGAUAAUUUUUGUAAACUUGUUAUGCGUUGCACUGAAAUGAAAGGACAGUACCCGAUUGAAGAAACAUGUUCAGAACUCACAUUUAGUUUUUGGUAUGCAUUACAGGAAGAAGUGACAUCAUCUAAAGAUGAUAAAACACAAACACUCUGUAUGGAAAUAUGUCGUCCUUAUUUUAUACGUUUAAUUGAAGUGCUUAUUACAAAAGGACAAAUGCCAGAAAAUAAUCAGGACUACACAAGCGAAGACAAAGAAACAUUUCGAAAUUAUCGUGUUGAUAUUGGAGAUACAAUAAUGUGUAUGCAUAAUGCGCUUGGUAACGGAGUCUUGGAAGUACUAGCUCAACAUUUGGCUUUAUCUAUCGAUCAAAAUUCGUCAUGGCAGCGACAAGAAUCUAUAAUGCAAUUAAUCGGUGCUGGAAGUGAAUAUGUUUCAUUAGAUGAAAAUAUUUAUUUACCAAAAAUAUUUUCACUUUUACCGAAAAUAAACUUUUGUAAUAGUUUAAUUAUAAAUGCUACAUUAACGGUUUUGGGACAGUAUAGCAGCUGGUUAGGACAUCAUCACGAAAUGCUUCAAAAUUGUGUUCAUUUAUAUGUAAAUGCGCUGUCAAAUCCAGAGUUAAUUCAAUCAGCCUCAAUUACCUUAAAAGAAUUAACGAUGGAAAAUCGAAGACGUAUGUCACAAUACUUGAAUGAUACCGUUCUCGAAAAUGGAAAUUUAAAUUCGAAUGAUCGCGUUCGUUGUGUGUCAAUUAUCGGUUAUAUGUUAUCCGCUUAUCCAUCGAAAGUUGUUCAUGAUCAUUUGAAUAUUCUAUUAGUGCCGGAAGUGAAUAAACUAUUGGAAUAUUUACAAAAUACAGAUAAUAGUUCGAUAGCUGUACGCAAAGAAAAUAUCUGUACAACUUUAAGUUUUAUAUCUGUAUUAAUCACUGCCAUCGGAUAUUGUGGAGAUCAAAAUGAUAACGAAGAAGAUGAACAAUCACAACAACAACUAAAUAAUUUAGCGCCAUUGACAGAUUCCUCAGCAGCGUCAGAAGUUCUAACAAGUCUUAUGCGUGACCUCGAUCCGAUUUUACAUCUUGUAUUAAAACAGUAUUCUGAUGAUAAAGAAGUAACAGAGAAAAUAUGUGAAAUUCUUUGUCGAACUAUAACAACAUUAAAAGAAGGGAGCACGCCGAUAUUAAUGACAUUAUUACAACUAUUACAAUGUAUUGGUCCAAAUAUUUUACAUUUACAGUUUUUAAACUUUGUUAGAAAUGUAUGUUAUAUUCUAUGGUUAAAAAAUAAUGUUGAUAUUGUCGAAGAUUUUGCUAAUUUUCUCACACAAGUCAUUAAAAAGCUACCGCAUGUCGUUAACCGUUGUCCCGUUGAGGCACUUGCUCUUCUGUUUGAGUUUGUGAAAAACGGUAUUCAGUUACAUGAACAAUUACCGUUGAGGAGUGUGACGAUGUUUACAGCACACUAUUUUGAAUAUUGUAAAUUGGAUAAUCGUGCUGCUAGUUUAUUACAAGAAAACGAUUGGACGAUAAAUUGGGUUCAUCAAUGUUUGAGUGAUCCAAAUUUUCCCUCACCAGCUGCCACUACAGACCAUCGUGAAGCAUUAAUUAAAGCGUUGACACGUUUUAUUAUCACAGAUAAUGUUGUGCAAAAAAUUUUGAAAAUGUGUAUAUUACUGUGUUAUAAUCAUACCUCAAAUGACGAAGAUAUUGGAUAUGAAUUGAUUCUAUUAAGUAAUCGUGAUGAAGAAUUUCAUCGACCGUCCCUAGCAGCCCAUGUUUGGCCAGAAACAAAUUAUAUUCUUGGAGGUCAAGAUAUCACUCCCAGUCGUGAAGGAGGCACAUGGCUUGGUUUCAAUACACAGGGACGAAUUGGUGUUCUAUUAAACCUACCAAAAUCUACUGAUCAUGAAUCGGAUAACAAAAAGAGUAGAGGCUUUAUUGUUCCAAAUUAUGUGAAUAACAUGUCUGUCGGUCUUGAUUGUUAUAUGAAAAAUCUUAACGAGACUAAAAUGAACUACAACGGUUUUAGUUUUAUUGGUUUUGAAAGAAAUUUACCUUUAGAUGGCUGGAGAGUAGUAUAUACAAAUAAUGCAUCCGAUUUAUCCAUUCCUGUUGACGUACGUUCGAAAUUUUUUGUACUCUCGAAUCAUCAGUAUGGAAACGAAUAUGAAUUUUGUAAAACUCAACAUGGUUGUCAAUUGUUGGACAACACAUUAAAGGAGUUAACAAAUAAUUAUAAAACAAAAAUUACUGACGAAAAACAACUAGUUGAUCGUUUGAUGAUGAUAUUGAAUGAUCAGACAACUUGUAUAAGAGAAGAUAUUGUGGGUAUGUCUUCGAUAAAAAAGUUACAAUCACGUUUUAUUCCAAAGCCACAACCCGAAAUAGAAAAGAAACCAACACUACAGUCGUUGAAAUCAGCUCAAACUCAAGGUUUAAAUAACAAUAAGUUUAUGAAUAAUAACAACAUGUCAACGACAAUGCCAACGACAAUGUCAGCUGCUAAUCUCAUGUCAUCAAACUUAAACAAAGACAUACUGUUGUCAAGUUUUCCUACAUUGAAAACAUUUCAUUUGAAUAUUAUGAUGGUAUCGAUAAACACAAUUCAAGAAUUUAAGGAAAUGGCACUCUCAUUUCAAACACCGUUUUGGCACGAUCAUCAAUGGUUUAUUCAAUGUGACUACAUCGACAAAUCCGAUUACGCACAAAUUUAUACGUUACCGUUUAAUUUUGACAUAUUUACUACCUGUAUAUCAAUGAAAACAAUGAAAGAUCAAAUCAGGUAAGAUGUCGGCAAUUCGAACUUCAAGUAAAAUGUUUUUUUUCGUUCUUUAUAUGGUUCGAUAGAGCGUGAGGAACUGAAUUAGAAAAACUGGUUUUUAACUUUUGGAACCAAAAAAGAGAAGAAGACUGUUUUUUUCGAAAAACACAAGGGUUUUGAAAAUAUAUGAAAUUUUCUGUUUUACUGAUUUUUUUCUGCUUAUGAGACUUUUGUUCGGAUUCAGCAUUAAAAAGCGAGUAUAAACAUACUCGCGUCGCAUCGACUUUAACCCAAAAAGGCAUUGGGUGGUGGCGGCUCGAAUCGUGCACAUUGCAACGCUUGUCGGUCGUUUUUGUAAAUCUAUCUAGUUUUUCUAAUUAAGCGGGGAAGUCAAAUAUUUUAUAUCGUUCGAUUCAGCAUACGAGCAGUCUCAAAAGUAAGCAUCACUUUUUUUGCUUUUGUUUUCUUUGUUUUGAAAACAGACCUCAACUUCUAUGUAAAAAAGAAAUAUCGUAUUCGCAAUCAGGGAGUCGACUGACGUAUAAUUCUACCCUAUUUGAGUACUUUAAUUUUUUUCGAGUUGACAGGCUGAAAAAUCAUCGAGACUUUCACCAAAAAAUGUAGAAAUACACAUCAGUCGACUCCAUGUUUGAUCCUGAUUGCUAAUAUGAUAUUUUUUUCCACAUAGAGAUUGAGUUCCGUUGGAGAAAAGCGAGAAUUUCAAGCAGAAUUCCGAUUUUUUUGCCCCUGAUUUAGAAAAAAUGAAUUUUCUAAACAAAGAAAACAAAAGGAAAAAAAGCGAUGCAUACUGUUGUGACUAGUGGUAUGAUGAAUCGAACGAUAUCUGUCUUCCUCGCUUAACCAGAAAAAGUACAUAGAUUUACAAAAACAUUGCAAUGUGCGCGAUUCGAGCUGCCACCAUCAAAAGCCUUUUGGGUUAAAGUCGAUUUAAGGGUACCCCUCCCCUCUUUUUGGGCUUUCCGUAGAAAUGCUGUGAAAUAAAAACUAAAAGUCGCUAGGGCUUCGUAUUUUCAGAACUGAUCGGAAACUCAAUGGAGCACUUUUUCGUUCUUG